AUGGACGUGGAUGUGGUCAGCUGGAAGCAGGAGCGUCUUCGGGAUGCCCUGGCGACAAUCUCAGAGGUGACGGAAGAUCUCCGGCGCCUGCAGGUCGCGGAGUGCAGCGGGAAGGUUGAUUUUUCCGACUCGCACAAUAUCGCGCAGAUCUGCCAAGGAGUUGCCUUCAUCCUCCUCGCCAUGUGGCUCAUCUUCGCGAACAACUCCAAGGUGGCUGUCGCCCAGAAGGCUCCGCUCGAAGAGCGUCACAAGAUCUGUGCGACCAUCAGCACGGCGGUGGCUCUCUUUUCCGGCUUCUUCAACAUCCUCCAGCUGACGGCCAUUGAUGACUUCGAUUUGCCUGGGCGGUCCAGCAGCUUCACGUUGAACCUCUCUCGCCCGGUUGAGUGGUUGGCCACCUGCCCCAUCAUGCAGCUGAAGCUUGUCGUGCUGGCAGGCGCGCGGGUGCCCGCUUACCGACGCUUCAUGAUGCCCCUGCUUUCGGUGGCCGUGCUGCUCUGUGGAACCGCCUCCAUGUUCACCGGAGAUGCCUUGCGCUUCGCAUGGUACGGCUUUGGCCUUUGCUUCGCUGUCAUCAUGUUCUACCACAACAGCCUUCAGAUCUCAGAGAACAGCGAGGGUGAGGAGUCCUUCUUCCAUGGAGAUUCGGACUUCCGCAAGCUCUCGCUCCUCCUGGUAUGGACUUGGUUCCCCUUCCCCAUUUGGUUCACAGUGUCUGUCGAGGGAUUCGGCCUGAUCAAAGAUCCUUUCGUCAUCGAGAUGGGCUGGGUGCUACUGAACGUCGUCUCCAAGUUCAGUUUCAUCGUAUUGCUGCAGCGGAUGAAGAUGGUUCAUCAGAACAAGAUGGAGGCCGCACGCCAACUGUACGGCCUCCCACCCGGUGACGCCACCACGGAGCAUGACCUUCAAACCUACUCGCAACAGGACUUCGUAGGCAAAGCUGUCUCUCCUCGCGGUGGCCUCAAUCCGACGGAUUACGGCCUCGGCCACGGCGAGGAAGCAGGAAGCGAGAGUAAGUUGGUAGAGUUGGUGGCGGAGACCAUGGUGACCAUGAACUUGGGAACCCAUUCGAACCGCAUGAUGAAGCUUCUGGUGGACAGCGGCAUCAGCAACACAGCCGUUCUGGAGCGCCUCAAUCAGGACCGAUGCAUGGACCUGAACUUGCCCUGGGCACUGAUCUCCUCGAUCCAGAAGCGCUGGACCACGGAGAAGAUGAACAUGGGCCAGGAUCAGGGAGGCCUUGUGGAAAAAGAGGAUCCCUUCAUGAAGAUCCUGGAGGCCAACCGCGAGCGCAUCUCCACGAAGAUCCCUGGACAGGUGGGCAGCAACGCGGGCACUCCGAUGAACUCCGGCUCCCAGCCCAUGCUGGACCUCGGUGCCUUCGACGAGCAGAUCACAGGGGCCGCGUACAGCGCUGUCUACCCCUUGCACGAGGAGAUGCUAUCCGAGCUCAAGGCAAUGAAAGAAGAUCUCGCCAGGCAGUUCGAGAACAGCCAGGAAGCCAUCUCCCAACGGAUGGACUUCUCGCAGGUCACUCUGUUGCAGACGCUUGGCUCGAUUCCGCUGCUGGGGAUGGGAGGGUAG